AUGGUUCGCAUAAUCAUCAAAGGAGGCAAGCGUGUCUGGAAGAAUACCGAGGAUGAGGUCCUAAAAGCAGCCAUUGCAAAAUAUGGCAAGAACCAAUGGGCUCGUAUAUCCUCCCUGCUCGUUCGGAAGACUCCCAAACAAUGCAAGGCACGCUGGUACGAAUGGCUGGAUCCAAGUAUCAAAAAGACAGAGUGGAGUAAAGCCGAGGACGAGAAGUUGCUCCAUCUUGCAAAACUGAUGCCGACACAAUGGCGAACCAUAGCGCCAAUAGUAGGACGAACGGCGACACAGUGCCUGGAGAGGUAUCAAAAGCUCCUUGACGAAGCUGAACAAAAGGAGAAUGAAGAACUCGGGCUUGCUGGGCCAGGAGGAGAGGCGGGUCCAUCCGCAGAGGACAUUCGAAGGUUGCGGCCUGGAGAAAUUGACCCAGACCCGGAGACGAAACCUGCACGACCAGAUCCUAUUGACAUGGACGAGGAUGAAAAGGAGAUGCUUUCCGAGGCUCGUGCUCGUCUCGCCAACACUCAAGGCAAGAAAGCGAAGCGAAAAGCUCGUGAAAGGCAGCUGGAAGAGGCAAGACGACUUGCCGUUUUGCAAAAGAAGAGGGAAUUAAAAGCUGCUGGUAUCGUUUCACGAUUCAAAGUGAAGCGAAAGGGAAUGGACUACAAUGCCGACAUUCCCUUUGAGCAUCGACCCGCACUUGGAUUCUACGACACCUCUGAAGAGCAAGCAAAGUCCAACUCUGCUCCCGUCGGCCAAACGCUAAGGCGACUGGAGAACAAACGAAAGCCUGAGGAAGAGGAGGCAGAAAGAAAGAAGAGACAAAAGAAACUGGAAGAAGGGAAAAAAGGAACUCAACAUGAGACAAAGUUUCUUCCUGCCAGAGACGCACAAAUCCAGAAGCUCAAAGAAGCCGAACAAAUAUCUAGACGUCGCAAACUUGUAUUGCCGCAGGCUCAAGUGGGUGAAAAGGAGCUGGAGGAAAUCGUCAAGAUUGGGAUGGGUGGGCGCGAUGCCAGAGCCAUCGUGGAGGAGGGAGGCAUAAACGAGAUGACCGGUGGACUGCUUGGAGAAUAUGAUGGUCUGAAGGAUGCGAGGAUGGCCAGAACUCCCAGAACUGGGCCACAAGAGGACAUGGUCUUGGCUGAGGCUCGCAACCUCCGAACUCUCACAGCCACGCAAACUCCACUGCUAGGUGAAGAAAAUACACCACUGCACCUUCCAGAAGGCACCGGAUUUCAAGGAGUCACGCCUCGUGCCCAAGUGCCAUUUACCCCAAAUCCACUCGCCACACCACGAACAAGCGGCAAUGAUAUGACGGGAUCUACGCCCUUGCGACUUCCAGAUAAUCUGGGUAUCAAUACACCAAUGACUGGUGGUACUUCCUUCGACCAGACCCCAGUUCGGAAUGCCAAAAUGGCAGCACAGGCUGAGAAACAGGCCCUUGCCAAUGCGUUCCGAUCUCUUCCCCAACCGGAGAACAGAUUCGAGAUUAUGCUCCCCGAAGAGGAAGGUGAAGACGGUGACGAGGCUGUUCCCGGCGUUGUUGAAGAUGCGGCUGAACGGGAUAAACGGCUGAAGCGCGAGGAGGAAGAGAGAAAGGCUCGUGAAUUCAACAGACGCAGCCUGCCUGUUCAGAGAGGCUACCCUCGCCCGGCCAACGUAGACGUCAACAGCCUGAGAUCUCGCCUAAGCCGCGUAUCUCUCAUGGAUGAAAAUCUAUCUGAGGCGCAGGCGAUGAUCAAUGAUGAACUCGCGCGAUUGGCUGCACACGAUGCGAUCGCAUUCCCAUUACCAGGAACUGCCAAUACUGGAAGCACCGUCAGUCAUUACGUUCCUCCUGAGGAUCAUUUUGUGGCAAAUGCAAAGACGAUGAUUGAACAAGAGGUGGCCACAGCUCUUGGAUACCCACAUGCGUCCAAGGAAAAGGUGCGGGAGGGACUGAUGCUCCUUGCAAAGGAUCAAGAGCCGGAGGAAGAAGAAUCAGAAGCCUUUUCUUCCUGGGCUGCUCUGCGCGACUCUCUUUCGUACGACCCGUCCAUGCGAACGUGGACAGAAACGGCUUCGAUGGGUGAUUCCCAGAUCAUCGCUGGACUUUCCCAUCAAUUGACUACGGCGCGUGACACGAUGGCAAAAGAAGCGGCUCGCGCGGCAAAAGUUGAGCGCAAGCUGGGUCUUGUUCUCGGAGGAUACCAGACCCGGGCUGAUGGACUUCGCAAGAAGUUGGAAGAGGGCUUUUCUACCAUUAUCUCUCUCGAAAGCGAUCUCCAGAGCUUCGAGGAGCUCAAAGUGGUGGAAAGCGCUGCGGGGCCCCGGCGAUUAGAGGGACUCGUCGCCGAAGUCGGUCGUCUCGAGAGGAGAGAGGGAGCUCAGCAGGGAAGAUACAAGGAACUUUUGGAAGAGCGCGAUCGUCUCGUGUCCAAUAUCGCGCGACUGGAGGAGAAGAUGCAAGAACAGAUGGAAGAGAUGAACGUGGACGCAUGA